AUAAGUGUAAUAAUUAAAUGUUUUUAAAGAUGGCAGCUCAUGGCUUGCAUCAAGAAGUUAGACAGUGGUCCAGUCGAGAUGACAAAAUUAUUGAAGCAGCUAAAAAAAUGGCUUUGCUAACUGCCAAUUUAAGUAAUUUAGUAAGAGGAGAAGGAGGAACGAAAAAAGAUCUCAUUGCCUGUGCUAAAGCCAUUGCAGAGGCUUCGGAUGAGGUUACCCGUCUAGCAAAAGAACUGGCUAGGAUGUGCACAGAUAAACGAAUGCGAACUAAUAUUCUUCAAGUUUGUGAACGUAUACCAACAAUAGGAACUCAGUUGCGUAUAUUAUCAACAGUUAAAGCAACGAUGUUAGGUGCACAAGGUACUGAUGAGGACCAAGAAGCCACCGACAUGUUGGUUGGCAAUGCUCAGAAUCUAAUGCAAUCAGUAAAAGAAACUGUGCGGGCCUGCGAGGCAGCCUCCAUUAAAAUCCGCACAGAUUCCGGACUAACGGUUCGCUGGGUACGAAAACAACCGUGGUAUCAAUACUAGUAAACAGAAAUGAUAUAAUAACUAAUCAGUAAUUAAAUAUAAUCUAUUUUCUUUGCAAAACCUUGGAAAGUUCUAAGAAAAAAAAUGGAAAAAAUCAACAUAUAUAUAUUGUAUAGUUGAAAAAAACUAAAAGAAAUAGUUGGUCAGAAACAUUUUUUUUGCAAUAUAAAAAGUUGGAAUUCUAAUAUCCCAUAUCACAUUUUCCUGCUGUUCCAUAUCUAUGAAUUUGAUAUGAAAACAAAAAUUUAUAGUAAUUAAACUUCAGACAUUUGUGCAAUUUUACUUAUAUUAUUUUACAAAUUUAAAAAAGUUAUAUAUACACAUAUAUAUAUUUUUAUUGUAAUGUUAAUUUACAAUAUUUUUGAAAGUAUUAGAAUACUUUUAUUCAGUUCCUUAAUAGACUUAGUAUUAUUUUUCUUUUUUGUUACAAAUUUUGUUUGUUAGAUCUGCGAGCGUAAAAUGUGUAUCGAGUGAAACGUCAGGAGUGAAGGGUAAUCUCUCGGAGAUUGCUCGGUGCUGCUUAAUUUAAUUUUGCCAUUUUGAAUUAUUUUUUAGGCCUGCUUAUAUACCUCUUUCCCAUUUGCUGAAAUGGAUAGAAUGUGGUUUUUUCUGUAUUAAUUUUGUAAGUGCAUGUGUGCAUGUUUUUAUUUCAUUUUUAUAUAAUGAUAAAGAUUUGAAAAAAACUGAAUUUCCAUGCAAAUUAUUGUGCCAAGUCUAUGAAAUGUUAAAAAAAAUCUGUUAAUGAAAGUUUACUAUUGUGAAAAUUGCAGCCAAUUAUUUUAUAUUCUGUACAAGCAGUGGAAAAUACAAAGGACCAGCUUUAAAAAAAAAUUACAAUAAAUUGUUUCAUGUUUAA